AUGCAUCGCGAACCGUCGCCAGAUGCUACGCCUCCCACACCCAAGGCCGAUGCACCCAUUGAUGCACCCACCGAUGCACUCACCUCUGCACCCACAUCUGCGACAACACCAAGUGCCGUCGACCGUCCUCACUCCCCAGCCAGCAUCCACUCGGUAUCUCAACCUCAGCCAGGUUUUCAGCCUGACCCUCAAUCCCCCCAUCAACCCGUGCCGCCCUAUCCACACGAACCCGACGUCCUGCCGCCCUACGAACCAGAGGCCGACGAGUCAACGAACCCCAACGAUUUCCUCGACAACCUAGACGCCUUUAUCGCCAUCUGCCCCGACCUCAUCCUGCCCAUCACGGCCAUCCCGCCCGCGCCAACCUGGCAUGGGACUUCUGUCCCGGCCGACCGCGAAGCCCGGACCGCCACCGACCAUACCAACCGUAGCAGUAGCGGUAGCAGUAGCGGUAGCAGCACCACCAUCAACGAUGCUCCAGGCCCCCCCUCCGUUUCCCCCAACACCUUCCGCCUCUGCUGCAGUAUAGUCCAUCACUUCUUCACAGCCAUCGCCUCGCGCCAGGACGAUGUCGUCCGCCUCUUCAUCACCCGCGGCCUCGUCUCCCCCGACGUCCCUUCCGUCACCGGCGAGACGCCUCUGCUAGCUGCCGUCCGCGCCGGCGACGGCACCACCCUCUGCGCCCUCGUCGAGCUCGGCGCCACCGUCGACGCCUACGGCUCGACCGACGAGGCGGACGUCCACAACCCGCGCCGCACGCCCCUACAGUACGCCGCCGCCCUGGGCCGCCUGCCGCUCGUGAAGCUGCUGCGCGAAGACUUUGGCGCCGACGACGCCCUCGUCGCGCCCGAUGGCGAGAUCGCCCUGCGCCUCGCCGCCCGCGGCCGCCACCGCGACGUUGUCGCCUACUUGCCCGCACGUCGCGCCGGCGCAGGCCUGCGCGUCAAGACGGCCCUGCGCCGGGGCGCCUCACGCGUGGCUCGCGUCGCGCGCGGCGUUGGCAUGGUGUUCUACGUCGUGCUGUGGGAGUGCCCGCUCAUGCUGACGUAUUACCCGCUGCGCGAGGCGUGGCGCGCGCGCCACCGUUUUCGCCGGCUGGAAGAAGCACUAAGACGUCGAGGAUCGCUAGAAUAUGCUCAAUGA